AUCAUUUUUGUUUUGUUUUAAAAGAAUUAUAGCAAAAGUGUCUACUAUUUGGUGCCCAAACAUGGCAAAAAGCGUUCCAAAUACAUCAUAUUUUACCUAUAAACUAUAAUUCCUUAAGCUAAUGGCUUAAUUUUAAAGUAAUUAUAAAUGUAUAUGAGAUUUAUAUAAUCUCUAAGUUCUGCAUGUCAUAAACAAAAUUUCUGUCAUGGAACGGUAUGAAGUAGUUAAAGUUCUUGGGGCUGGUGGCGGAGGUAAAGUGCUUCUGGCAAAGGAAAAAGAGUCCGGAAAACAUGUUGCCAUAAAAGAGAUAACUUUAGACCCCAGAAAGAAGACAAAAACUAAAGAAGCAGUACAAAAAGAAGCAAAAAUUUUGGCAUCGUUAAAGCAUCCUCAUGUUGUGAGUAUGCUGGAGUCAUUCUUAGAUGACCAGGAAGAGCAGCUUUUCAUUGUACAGGACUUUUGUGAUGGUGGCACACUGGAGGAUUGUAUUAAAUCUGCUAAAUCUAAAAAUACACUUAUUUCAGAAAGUCAGGUCAUGCAGUGGUUUGUACAAAUAACUAUGGCAGUUCACCACAUCCAUGCUAACAAAAUUCUGCACAGAGAUCUCAAGACUCAGAAUGUUUUCCUGACAAAGAAAGGAGUGGCAAAGAUAGGAGAUUUUGGUAUAGCUCGUACAAUGGAUAGUACAAUAGAUAUGGCACAAACUUGUUGUGGGACCCCCUGUUACCUCAGUCCAGAACUCUGCCAAGACAUGCCUUACAGUUCAAAGAAUGAUGUGUGGAGCCUGGGCUGCCUACUUUAUGAAUUGUGUGCCUUGAAAUUUGCAUUUGAUGCUAACAAUAUUGUUAACUUGUUUUACAAGAUCGUUAAAGGCGAACCAGAGGAAAUCCCAAAGCAGUAUUCACAAUUUCUUCGUGAAUUGAUUUGUCAAAUGCUGGCCAAAAAGCCCGAGGAACGACCAAGUGCUGGAGCCAUCUUAAACACCCCGUAUGUUCAAGACCAUCUAAGAUUGUUUAUCAAGGAAAAGGAGAAUUUACAAGAGGCGUUACUCGCAAGAAAUCACCUCAAGUCAACAGGACUUCUAUCAAAAGCAAUUACCCAAGAUCCGCAGCGGUCAUCAUCAGCAGUGGGAUCCAGGCUCACUCCAGAUUUCAGCAAAAUAAGCAAACAACGUUCAAAUUCUGCCACUCCGACAAAAAACGUUCCUAUGGCAACAGAUGACGUCAAACAUGAUGAACAAAAUGACUUGGCAGGCGGCGGCCAAAACAGAGAUGAGCAGGUUGACAGUGAUUACUCGGACGAUUUUGAUGAACUAGCCGAAGAAGAGGCCUCUUACUCUGAUGACUUCGAGGAAGAUACGGCUUUAAACGGGACACAGAAAAAGCCUAUGGGAGCUUCCUCGAGUCCCUCGGGACUCGGAGACGCCGAAGGCAGUAAUGAUGACAUCGAAUACCCGGAUGACUUCGAGGAAGAUUCGGAUGAGGAAGAGGUUUUGGACGACAUUUUGGCCAACGCGAGAGCUGCACAGGAAGCCAAAGAGGAAGAUGUUGUUGAAGACAGUUUUGAGCCUGGGUCCCGCCGGCAACGUCUAAAAGAACAAGUGAUCGGUGCGUUAGGAGAGGAAGUCUUCGAGCAAGUCUGUGGACAACUGGAAAACCAAAGCAUUGAAAAGACCUUGGCAGAGGGACCUGAGUUCGAAAAGGUUCAAUCAGGAUCCAGCAUGUUGGAGACAUGUUACCUCGUUAAUGAAUUAUUCAUUGAUAGUGCACGACCGAACAAGGAGAGCUAGCUGCGUGGCAAUAGAAUGCAUACAUCCAUACAUCAAAUAGUAUUGUGGGGUUAGUGAUAAUAUAGGUGAAGAUCUUUAGGUAAAGCAAGAAAAAAAGAUGGGAAUUGGGACGGCAUUUUCUCAUUUCCUAGCCUCCUGCUUUUGCCUUCUAAAUUGAGGAGUCAAGGUUGGCGUAUAGCGGUAGUACGCUCACUUCUCACC